AUGAAAAGUAAAAAUGCUCCGACUGCCGAGACAUCGAAAGUUCUCAAAUUUCUUGAAGCUUAUGGGAAAUUGAAGAAAUUGGAAAAAACUGAUGUUUCAGAAGCUGCUGACCUUAUCCUUCAGCACGGCUUCGUACGUGAGCAUAUUCCGACUCACCUGCUUGAUGACAAGCUUAUAUGGGAGGCUUUGCUUGUUGGUAUGCCAAUGGCGGAGAUGAUAAGAAAUUUAGGAAAAAUGGCUUCCGUUGGCCUUCUUACUCCCGACGAAGCAAAC